AUGGCGAGGACCGGAGGCCAACCGAGACAGGCGACAUGCAAAGCUCCGAACUGCAACACGUCUGUUUCGGACAACGAGCCCUACUGCAAAUCAUGCAGACGUAGGAGCGAGAACGUCACGAGCAACAGCGCCUAUGGCUCUGGUAUUGUUACGAAUGGAAACCGCAAGAAACGGACUUUUGCUAUGUGUUGCCGUUCAAAUUGUCCGUGCACGGCAUCCUACAGCGGCGCGGUGGGAGAGUACUGCUGCCGCACCUGCAAGGAUGGUACCGCUUGCGCCAGAAAAAAUCAUGUGUUCCCGCAAAGCUGGGCCAGCGGCAACCAGACUGCGGCCGGCCAGCCCAGCCGCGGUGGCGCAGCAAAAGGUGAUGCUCGUGGAAACACGCGCAGCUGCAGUCAGGACACACGAGCUGCAACUUCUCAGGAGACUUGGCAGCUGGCUCCUCCUCCCAGGCCGGCACCGAUCGCGCAUGGUCGCCAUUCUGUGUGUGCAUUUUACUAUCCGCAGAAGGAGACGGAGUGGGACGAGGCUUGUGGCUGCAGCUUCCUCGGCAACUUUUACCCCGCGGACAUUUGCAUCAACGUCGAUGACACGAGACUCACGUUCAGAAGUGCCGAAGCUGCUUUCCAGGCCUUGAAGUUUCCUUGGUGCGCCCGGGCGUUCUCGAAAAUGGAUGGAUUGGAUGCAUUCACAUUGAAGAGAGCAUUGGAAGAUGACCACGCCCCAGACAAGACCUUCAGCGGACACGGGAGCAACUGGCAGGCGAUGGAGGUAGUGCUGAAGGCGAAAUUCAGAUCGAAUGACAAGCUGGCGAAUGCACUGUGCGAUACAGGAAAUUCCUUCCUCUUGGAGCACAGCUCUGCUGUAAAUCGAGAGAGGUUCUGGUCCGACAACGGUGAUGGCUCUGGUAUGAACGCUCUGGGCCUGCGGCUGAUGCUCAUUAGAGGUGAACUUCGGAAACUUCGAGGACAGCAGGAUGCCUGCUCGGACUGGCUGCGCAAGAUUUUCGGCGACUUCAAUACUGAUACCCCUCGGCCGAUUGGAAAUGCCUGGCGUGCUGCAGUGCAAAAUGCUGCCGACAGAAUCCUGGAGAUUUAUCCUCUGGAGCAACCAUCUGAAAGACAUAGCUCGAGAAGAUCUCCUGAAAGGAGCAGGCCUCUGACAUGCUGGCGUGAGCCACACAAGGAGUUUCCCGCCCUGCCUCCGCCGAAGUUGCCAGCGUGCAAG